CGGGUGAGCGCUUCACAAUCAACAAAGGAAAUUUCUUGGCAGCUGGAAUAUGUGCCUGGAGACUCGCGAACUUCCUCUCCUCAGGAUUGAAGAAUUCUUCCAUCAAUUUUCCACCCAAAUUCAAGGAUAGAAUUACACUCCUCCCACUCGGGGGCGGAGCUACGCGGGCCGCUCCACCAAUAGGAACGUUUCGCAGGUCAGUUUUUCUCAAAGGUGGUCACGACUGUCUCCAUAGCAACGUAGGGAUCAUUCCACAGGUCGUUCACUUUUACAGUUCGGUGCUUCAGUGGAGUGAACGAUAGCCAGUCCUGUUUAGUUGGCCAGAUUUGAAGUGGGAGUGUGCCGAGCACACUUGAGCUGGCCAAAACAGCUGGAGGAAGAGAGAGAGAGACAGUGAGGGAGGGCAGAUUGGGACGCUCAAAACUGAAAGCAAAGCAGAAACUAGAGCAAGAUGGGAUUUGACUGGCCGCUUGUGUUUUUGCGGACUCUUUGUAACCGAAUAUGAUUUUAUAACUCUUAAAAUUACUUUGUAAGUUCGCAUGUGGCUGCUGUGGAAUAUAGACAGCAGAAGGACGAAGGGAGCCACCACAAUGCUCCACUGACUCUCUGUUUCAACCAUGGAGGACGCAGUGACCUCUGAGGAUGCUGAACCCCUCCCUGCCACCUCCCAAAACACUGACAUCCACCUCGGUGAGCCAGAGGAUGAGUGUCCUUCCAGCGCCAGCCUGGAGCCCAGCUCCCCGUCCUCGCCUUUCAAUCAGCAAGCUCAAGGCUCUGCCGUAUCGGCGCUGCAGUCCAAGGUCAAGGCUCUCUCUGAACGCAGAGUUGUCUGGAAAGAACCUGGAAGUAAGAACCAGGACAAACGAGUGGUUCCCGGGACCUUCAUACUGGGAUACGCCCUCACGGACGCUUGGGGCUCCAGCAGCAGCGAUGAAGACGGGGAACCUCGCAAGCCCCUGAUGUUCCUUGCAGGAGACCACAAGCCUCAGGUAGAACUCGACUACGAUCCCGUCUCUUCCGAAGCCUUGCUGGCAGUUCCACACGGCCUUGGAGAAGGAGCAGGCCUGGAGAACCUCUCGAACGAUGCUUGCGGUUCUCAAGACGAUGCUUCUCCAUCUAAUAAACCAUGGAUGCCACCGAAGUGUUUCUGGAGGUCCAUCAGACCAGAGAUGCCGGUUCUAAAUGGGAAUGUUCCUGUGGGGAAAGAUGGACCAAAUGGAGGAACCUUUGGCCACAAAAUGGGCCACAAGUUUCCAAGGGAACUGCAAAGGUUUGAUAGCCUGGAGAGUCACCUACACAGGUACAAUCACGGUGAGGUGGGACAAUGUGGACUCUGGCGGGCUGACAGCUUGGAGAGCAUGUGCAGCAGUGAAAGCUCGCUGUCCCUGGCCGAGAGGGUCGAGAUGAACCGCGGCCUCCUCAAACAGAUGCUGCAGAAAACCCAGAACAAAGACCAUGUACCAGGACAGAGGAUAGAGGACUCGACGCACAUUAGCGGUAGAGGUAUCUGUGGCCUGAAUGACAGUGAUUGGGAUUCUGGGAUUUCGCUCCAAGGUAGUGAACACAGCCAAAGGUGGGCAGCACAGAUUGAUGCUCUCACAAUUAUCUCACACACACACACACACACACACACAGACAGACACACACGUGUGAACAGGGAGCUGUUGUCCUGGGUUGGUUUACACCAGGCUCCUCUUGCGGGGAAGGAAGGUGUGGCAGUGGUCUCUGGAAACCUUAGUGACUCAUCGAGCGGUGACUCGUCGGGUGGAACCCGGCGGAGACAUGGCCAGUCCCCUACCCGUGUGCGUUUCGAAGACGAAUCGGAGAAGGACGCUGAGGUACGCUACCUGGAGCGGCUACGCCAGCGGCGCAGGGCUGGAGAAAGAGCGCAGGGGCUGCUGGUGUCCAAACCCACCUUGUCGUCUUACACCAAUGGACAGGCAGAGACAGGACAUGGCUCGAGUGAUUCAAUAUUCUGGAAGACAAAAGCCAAGAAGAGUUUGUUGAAUGGCAAAGGCCCUGAGACGGCAAACAGGCAGUGCAACUCUUGUGGAACCUUUCUAAAUGAACCCCAUGGGCCUAGCUUGAACUCAGAUACUCUGUCCUUACCUAAUGGGGAAGUCGAAGGGAAGAAGAUACCAUGUUGGGUUGCUCCCACCCUUCCCAACCGGCUUGUCCGGAUCGAACAGAUUAAGGAGACAUACAUUGGGACGAGUCCCGCUAUUGUCCACAGCGAUGGAACACACUGCAGUCCUGCGGAUAACGUGAGCAGUAGGGGAACAUUCCAGAAGCUAAAGAAGAAGGUCCGGAAACAAGAGAGCAGACAGGAACCCUUGUACGUCAAUGGCCUCAGGGUUCCAACACCUCCAGAUUGCAAAAAUGGAACUCAAAUGUGUGUCUCGAAUGGACUAGCAUUGCCACUCAACCCCUAUGCCACGGAUCCACUUGGACAGAGAAUCCCAGCCACAUGCAGCCCCACAUCCAGCAAGGGACCUGUGGCACCUCCAUUGCCCCCCAAAGGAGAACCAUCCAGCUCCCACCUUCCUCAGCCAACCCCUCCGCCUCUCAAACCGAAAAAAUCAGCCCUGAAAUCCAGCUCAAAGAACCGCUGUAAUGGUCAUCGGACCGUCACACUCGUGUCUUCGCCAGAGUACCACCUGGACUCCACGGAGGCAGGGGGCGCUGUGGAGAGCUGUCCUCAGGAACAGGCUUCCUCUGGAUUGGGUUAUUGGGAGGACAGAUCUGCGAUGGUCAUCCCUGGUCCCAUACUCAUGACGCACCCAGUUCUGUGUGCUCGAAACUCACCCAUACAAGGGGAAGAAAGGCUAACAGAUGUGGACCAGCACCAGAGUACAGGACAGCUGGGAUCUGAUGCAACAUCCAGCAGUGCUGAAUCAACCCAGACUCGUCUCAGUGACGGACACGUCAGAGGGCCAAUCAGACCAGUGCAUCACAGGGCAACUAGCCCAAACUUUUCACAAGCAGGGAUGGAUGCAGAGCAGCGAGAGGGUCGACCCAAACUCUCCUUGCGGCGGUUCUUCUCUGCAAUGGGGCUGAACAGCGUGGGGUUGCUGAGAAAAGGACGAUCCAGCAGCAUGGAUCAGCUCAGCUUGCACCCCAAACCCAACUCAAACCCAAACCAAAACGCUCGGCCGACCUCAUCCUCCACCUCCCCCAGCCCCACACACAGACACCACCACCAGCUGAAGAAAGCCCCCUCACUGCAGACUAUACGUCUGGGGUCUCCGUUUCUCCAGCUGAGGAGAUCUUCAUCGGCUCAAAACCUCCAAAUCCCCAGAAAGAAAACAGACCGUUCCUCUGCAUACACUCCAGGAGAACAGCCCUGUAGUCCUGUAUUAACCAGGGGUCUUCAGCGUGCCUUGAGUGUAGAGGAUGUGGGGCGGCCCAGUGCGGUGCGUCCGGUGGGACACGUGGCUCAGGCCUUCCCUGACGGCACCAUCCUGCUGGAGCUCUCCAGACCCCCCAACGGCCCCUUCGGCUUUCUCAUCUCCCGAGGAAAAGGCAGGCCAGACUCAGGGGUGUACGUUGAAGAAAUGGGUGACAGCAAUAUGGAGAAACUCUACGCGGGGCUGCUCGGGGUCGGGGACGAGAUAUUAGAGGUGAACGGUGAGAAGGUGGCGGGACUCAGUCUGGACCUGGUGACCCGUUUAAUGACUCAAAACAGCACAGCUUCAAUCCGCGUACUACGACAUAGAUGCUUACAGCGCUAACUGAAGUCAAGACUGUACCAGAACCACGUUUUGUUCCAGUCAACAUAAAUGAAAACUGCAAAAAAGCAUCAGAAAUUAAGUCAGGGAUGAGUUCGUGAAAACGGCAGUAUUACGUUUUACUGACCUUUGGAGUUUUAUCACAAUGAUCACACAACGGUCCAUAUUAAAGGGAUAGUCACCAAAAUUUUUAUUUUUUUUAUACACUUUGUUCCAAUCCAGUUUAAUUUUUUUGGGUGAAUUCAUCCCUGAAGCCACUGUUAUGGCUAAAGGCCUGUUCACACCAAAAACAAUAACUAUAACAAUAAUGACAAAAGAUAUAGUUUUAAAAAUCAUUCUAAAGUCAUAAAAAUAACACAGUCCACAACUAUAAUGAUAACAACACAGAGGAACAAUAUCGUUGGAGUCACUUUCCAGCUGAUGAACGACAAAAAACAUUGGCAGCCAAUCAGAAUUCAUCCUACUUUAAACAGUUCGAGCAUUUAAAGAGGCAGAUGACAAAACUGCAGUGCUCGUUUUAAACAGAUUGUUUUUGCAUGUUGCUGUGGAUGCUAAUAUAGUUCUGUCAUGACAACUCUCUGAGAGUUUAGCAUGGGAAUAUAUAUGGCAAUGAUAAUGUGUUUAGUCUUGGCGGAAUAGAUCUGCUAUGCUACUGCUGCGGCAGAGCGAGUACAGAGACUUGCUACUGCCAA